AUGUUAUGUUAUUAUACCAACCAACAAUCACGACGUGGCAACCGCAAGGCCGACCUCAACACAAUGAGGGAGAAGGCGUGGCCCUGCUCCUCCACGACGGCUCACAACCCUACCAAGACGGCUCACAACCCUACAAAGACGGCUCACAACCCUACAAAGACGGCUCACAACCCUACCAAGACGGCUCACAACCCUACCAAGACGGUUCACAACCCUACAAAGACGGUUCACAACCCUACAAAGAUGGCUAACAACCCUACCAAGACGCCUCACAACCCUACCAAGACGCCUCACAACCCUACCAAAACGGCUCACAACCCUACCAAGACGGCUCACAACCCUACCAAGACGUCUCACAACCCUACCAAAACGGCUCACAACCCUACCAAGACGGCUCACAACCCUACCAAGACGUCUCACAACCCUACCAAGACGCCUCACAACCCUACCAAGACGGCUCACAACCCUACCAAGACGCCUCGCAACCCUACCAAGGCGGCUCACAACCCUACCAAGACGCCUCACAACCCUACCAAGACAGCUACCCAAGUUACCCAACAAUACCAAUUUAAACCAUAA